AUGGCGCGUAGAUGCAUCACCGAAGGUGACCUCCUGCUACAGAAGGGCUAUGCUGAGGAAUCGCGUGUGGUUGUUCAACAAGAGCGAAAACUAUCUAUACUAGUGUACUUUUUUCAGCUUAUUUUCAGGUUUUUAGAUUUAGCUUCUAAGAUGCCAAAGUGCAAAUCUCCGAAGAAUUCUCGUCAACGUAUUGACACUGACGAGUACAAUGAAGUAUGUCAGGAAUCUGACAACUUUAUUAAAAUCGCAGAACGUCAGCUCAUCGCUACAAUGUCGAUGACUGGCGAUGAAAAAUGCAUUACUGCAUUCGAAUGGCAAAAUAAGUGUCAAAGAUAUAAGAAUAUUUUUAGAAAAUUUUUGCAUAGGUCAGAUUUCUCUUCAUCUCAAAGAUCUAGAUGUUUAAAUUUAAGCCAGAAAUUGGAAUACUUUCGUUGCCAUUUUGAUGCUGUAAUGAAACGCGGUGCGGGUGUGCAAGUAGCGAAUGAGAGAAUGACAUGGGUGGAUUUUGAUGAAGCGUUUGACGGUAGAUUACAAACUAGUGCUGUAAUGAAUUUAGAUUACAUGGAUAUUAAUGAAUUCCUUGACCAUGCCUUUUGUUUAUUUCAAGUGAAUAUUCAAAAAGCUUUAAAUAGAAGCAAUUUUAUCGACAACCCCAUAGAUGAGUGGUACAAUGUUAAUGUUAAACAAGUUACCUUAAAAAGAAUUGAAGAAUUCCAACAGAAAGAAUCUGAUUGGAAACUUAAUUCUAUUGAAAGGUUGGAGGUUAACAUUAACAAGUACAACCCUAUGCGUGCAAGUUCUUAUAUCAAUUUGCCAUCUGCUAUCAAUCGAAAACAUGCUUGCAUUAAUGUUAAAAAUUUUGAUAAUCAGUGUUUCAAAUGGGCAAUAUUAUCUUCUUUGCACCCAGUUGAAAAGAACGCUGAACGAGUUUCAAAGUACAAGUCUUAUGAAGGUGAAUUGAAUUUUACUGGAAUUAAGUUCCCUGUCUCCCUUAAUGAUAUUUUUAAAUUCGAAGCUUUGAACAAUAUUUCCGUCAACUUGUAUGGUCUUGUUAAAAGAGAUGAAAAGUUUACAGUUUCACCUCUUCAUCUUUCAUCUCAAAAGAAGAUAAAUCACGUCAAUCUUCUUCGAAUUGAAGAUCAUUAUAUAGAUGAAAAUCUAAGUGAAGAUGAUGAUGAUGAUGAUGAAAAUGAAAUACCUCUCAUCUCUUUUAACUAUCAUUACGUCUGGAUAAAGGAUUUAUCUAGACUUGUCAAAAUACAGUUGAGUUUAAAAAUUUUCAAAAUAAGGAGCGUGUGCCCUUUAUUAUUUAUGCUGAUUGUGAAAGAAACCAAUACUGAAGUCUUCCAAAAUCGUAAAACACUUAGCAUUGGCUACUAUUUAAAAUGUAGUUUCGAUGACUCUUUGUCUGUGUACAAAGCAUCACCCAGAGAUGAUGAAAAUCCAGCUAAAUGGUUCUCUAAAGAAUUAAAGAACUUGGCUGAUGAUUUAGAUUCCAGAUUUAAAAAUCCAGUUCCUAUGGAAACAUUAAGUCCACAGCAGUUAUUAGGUUUUCGAUAUGAUAGUACUUGUCAUAUUUGUAAAAAGAAAAUCGCGUACGGGGAUGUAAAAGUUAGAGACCAUUGUCAUCUAACAGGGAAGUAUCGCGGACCCGCACAUCAAGAUUGUAACAUUAAUUACCAUGAAUCGCAAAUCAUACCUGUCGUUUUUCAUAACCUCAGUGGUUAUGAUGCUCAUUUUAUUAUUGAUGCAAUUGCUACCGAAUUUGAAGGUAAUGUUAAUCUGCUUCCCAUAAAUAAAGAAAAGUAUAUUAGCUUUACUAAAAAUGUUAAAGGUAGUUAUCUAAAAUUUCGUUUUAUUGAUUCUUUCAAGUUUAUGGCAUCGUCAUUGGACAAGUUAGCAUCCUAUCUUGACGAAUACAAAAUUGUAAAUUCCGUAUUUUCCAAUUACAGUGAUGACAAAGUUCAAUUGUUAACGCGAAAAGGAGUUUUUCCCUAUGAGUACAUUGAUUCAAGGGAAAAACUCGAUGAAACUCAGUUACCCCCGAAAGAAAAAUUUUACAGCACUCUAAACGAUUCGUAUGUUUCAGAUGAAGAUUAUGCACAUGCGCAGAAAGUAUGGAGUGAAUUUAAUUGUAAAAAUUUAGGUGAUUAUGUGUAUUUGUACAUGCAAACCGAUAUAUUGUUACUCGCGGAUAUCUUUGAAAAUUUUAGAAAUGAGUGUUUAUUAGCAUAUGGCCUUGAUGCAGCACAUUACUAUACAACACCUGGACUGACAUGGGAUGCCAUGUUAAAGUACACGAAUAUAAGUUUGGAACUCCUCACAGACAUUGAUAUGGUCAUGUUUAUCGAACGUGGGAUAAGAGGUGGGAUUAGUCAGUGCACAAAUCGGUACGCGAAAGCUAACAAUCCUUACAUGGAGAAUUUCAAUGAAAGUGAGGAGACAUCUUACAUCGUGUACUUUGACGCAAACAAUUUGUAUGGCUGGGCUAUGGUUCAGUCGCUGCCCUAUGGUGGUUUCAAGUGGGAAGAAGAAAAUGUAAAUAAUGAUUUUGACUUUAAUGUUCCUGAUGAUGGUCCAAUUGGUUAUAUCUUGGAAGUUGAUUUGGAUUAUCCAGAUCAUCUUCAUGAUAAACAUAGCGAUUUUCCAUUUUGUCCAGAACGCUCGAAGCCACUAGGGUCAAAAGAGCAGAAGCUCCUAACUACCCUCCUACCUAAAAGAAAGCACGUUCUCUAUUAUCGUGCCUUAAAACAAGCUAUUGCCAACGGUCUUAUAUUAGUUAAAAUCCAUCGCGUACUAAAAUUCGAACAAUCCACAUGGUUGAAAAGUUACAUAGACUUUAAUACCAUGCGGAGAACAAAUGCCAGUAAUGAAUUUUAG